UACUUUCAGAUCAAAAAAUGGGAUCGCUUCACCAUCUGGGAGGAACAAGUAUGGACAAAGGCGACGAAUUUGAAGCCCUCACAGUUCUGAUCACAGGGGUGAGCAGAGGGUUAGGGCGAGCCUUAGCGCUAUCAUUGGCAAAGCGCGGCCACACUAUCAUUGGCUGCGCUCGUACUCCCAACGCCCUUCACUCUCUUCAAAAGGAACUCGCCGCACUCUCCCCUUCCUCUUCUCACACCCACUUACUCCAAAUCACCGACGUGGCCUCAAAUGGUAGCGUUGAGGAGCUAUUUAAGGCUGUCUUGGAGAGAGAUCUUGUUCCUGAUAUCCUUGUAAACAACGCCGCUGUGAUUAAUGAAAACUCCAAGUUUUGGGAGAUUCCUCAACAUGUGUUUGAUUGUGUGAUUGAUACGAAUGUAAAAGGGACAGCCAAUGUUCUUCGGCAUUUCAUUCCUCUCAUGAUCCAAGGAGGAAAAGGAAUUAUUGUCAACUUCUCUUCCAUGUGGGGAAGAGAUGGUGCUCCCAUGUUUUCUCCCUAUAGUGCCUCUAACUGGGCAAUUGAGGGCUUGACCAAAUCCAUAGCUUUGGAGCUGCCUAAAGGAAUGGCUAUUAUAGCACUUGAUCCUGGUAUUGUGAACACAGACAUGCUUGCCUUUUGCUUUGGCGAUUCAGCAGCUGACUACCAAAAUCCUGAAGAAUGGGUAGUAAAGGCGAGCACAAUGAUCCUUAGUUUUACAUCUAAGGAUAAUGGAGCGUCUCUCACGGUUGAAUGAGGUGGAGCUUGAGUGAUGAACUUGUGUUUUGAGGAAGAAUUUGCAGAAAUAAAGAUCUCUUAAAGAACAUUAUUGCCAAAUUUUAUAUUUCUAAAUUGUGUUCUUAAUAAGUUUGUGAAACAUAUACUUUGAUUAUGAUUAGCUUAUGACAUGUGAGACACCUUCAUGUAUCAUGUAUUAAAAAUAUGAAUGAAAAACUAGGAAUAUAUAUGUACGUCUCAUGAGAAA